UAUUUCUCAUCUAUUUCCUACUUUUGAAUAAAAAUGUCAGAAGUGGGCGGUGGGAAAGGAACAAGCAAAGGAGUAAUUAUUUGAAUAAAUUUUUGGCGAAACGUGGGUGUCUGACGGGGAGGCUGUGCGGUGGUGACCAACGCACCCAUGCGCUGGGUUUCACAGAUGCAGACUGAAGUCCAGGCUCUGCUGCGGAUUAACGGGGUGGCCGCCAGCAAGUCAAGUGACUUGCUCUUCUGUGCACUGCAUCUACUUGGGUUCCUCUCACAGGUAUUCCUGUUUUUCCUUUCUUGCUCCAGGUUACACCUCGUGGCGCGGCUCUCUCGGGGAGCCUGUGGAGUGGCCCUGUGUCCCUCCCUGACCCCUGGAGGAUUCCGUAAGGUCACAGUCACCGCCUCCAUCCCAUACUUGCCAUCUCUUCAGGGCUAAUGCAUAACAAUUAACACAAUUUACAGCAGCCCCACGCUCUGAAGAGCUUCUGGAGGGGAUACUGCUCAAGCGGAGGAAGGCAAGACAGGGACCUCCUCCCUCUUCCCGGACCUCUUCUGAUAAGGAAUAUUUGUAGGUGGUUAAGAAGGGCAGCGGGAAGGCGUGAAGGCAAAGACAAGCUUUUUUUCUCGUAGGAACACAAAUCUUCUGGUCUGGCUGUGUUUCCGGAGGCAUUUCCAGAGGACCUAGCGAGGACUAACUUCCGGCGGCGUCUUCCGAGUUUCGAGACCGGCUGCUUCCGCCCGGAGUUGUUGUGGGCUCCAGCAGCGAGUAGCCACUUCCGCCCGGAGUCCCUAGCGGCCAGGGCGUGGAAGCGGAUCUUGAAGCGGCUUUCUCCUACUGCCUUCCGCUUGCCAACGCGGGACCCGGAGCCCAACGACAGCGGCGGUCCUUGGGCCUGUGGAGAGGGGUUCUCUGUGGCCGAGUCCUAGGCCUGGGGAACCGGGCGGUGCGGGAGAGGCGCUUGGGCCUCGCCCAGCCCCAGCCCCUGUCUCCCCGCGGCCGGUGCCGGCGGCUGUAGGCCUCGCCGCGUCCACCCAGCCUGGGGCGGGCCCAGCCUCACCGCCCGGCCCGCCCCGCCCCACGGGCCAGCCCCGCGCCGGGUGUUUCCGCUACUCUCCCUGCGGCGGGGUAACCGCCUCGCACCUACCGGGCUCGGUUCCCUGGCUCCGGUCGCGGGGGGAGCAUGGAGUUUGCGGAGCUGAUUAAGACCCCGCGGGUGGACAAUGUGGUGCUGCACCGGCCUUUCUACCCGGCUGUCGAGGGCACCCUGUGCCUGACGGGCCACCACUUGAUCCUGUCCUCCCGGCAGGACAACACGGAGGAGCUGUGGCUCCUCCAUUCAAACAUCGACGCCAUCGACAAGCGAUUUGUGGGAUCAGUGGGUACCAUCAUCAUAAAAUGUAAAGAUUUUCGAAUUAUUCAGUUGGAUAUUCCUGGAAUGGAGGAAUGCUUGAAUAUAGCCAGUUCCAUUGAGGCAUUGUCUACUCUGGACUCCAUCACUCUGAUGUACCCUUUCUUUUACCGUCCUAUGUUUGAAGUGAUAGAAGAUGGCUGGCAUUCCUUCCUUCCUGAGCAAGAAUUUGAACUCUGUUCCUCAGCUACCAGUGAAUGGAGGCAAAGCUAUGUCAAUAAGGAAUUUGCUGUCUGUCCCUCUUACCCACCAAUUGUCACAGUGCCCAAAUCCAUCGAUGAUGAAGCUCUUCGGAAGGUAGCUACAUUUCGACAUGGAGGGCGCUUCCCAGUACUAAGCUAUUAUCACAAAAAAAAUGGGAUGGUAAUUAUGCGAAGUGGUCAGCCACUCACUGGUACAAACGGGAGGAGGUGCAAGGAAGACGAGAAGCUGAUAAAUGCUACCCUCAGGGCUGGAAAGCGUGGCUACAUCAUUGACACCCGAUCCCUGAACGUGGCUCAGCAAACUAGAGCCAAAGGAGGUGGCUUUGAACAAGAAGCUCAUUAUCCCCAGUGGAGGCGAAUUCAUAAGUCCAUUGAGAGGUAUCACAUUCUUCAGGAGAGCUUAAUCAAACUUGUGGAAGCUUGUAAUGACCAAACACAUAACAUGGACCGAUGGCUCAGUAAAUUGGAGGCCUCUAACUGGCUGACUCACAUCAAAGAGAUUCUGACAACUGCCUGCCUAGCAGCUCAGUGCAUCGACAGGGAAGGAGCAUCAAUAUUGAUUCACGGAACAGAAGGAACUGAUUCCACACUCCAGGUGACCUCCCUGGCCCAGAUCAUCUUAGAGCCAAGAAGCAGGACCAUUCGUGGUUUUGAGGCCCUGAUUGAAAGAGAGUGGCUGCAGGCUGGUCACCCGUUCCAGCAGCGCUGUGCACAGUCAGCCUACUGUAACACCAAGCAGAAGUGGGAGGCUCCUGUAUUUCUUCUCUUCUUGGACUGCGUGUGGCAGAUCCUUCGUCAGUUUCCCUGUUCUUUUGAAUUUAAUGAGAAUUUCCUCAUCAUGCUCUUUGAGCAUGCUUAUGCCUCACAGUUUGGAACAUUUCUGGGCAACAAUGAAAGUGAAAGAUGUAAGUUGAAGCUGCAGCAGAAGACGAUGUCUUUGUGGUCCUGGGUUAAUCAGCCCAGUGAGCUGAGUAAAUUCACCAAUCCCCUCUUUGAAGCCAACAACCUUGUCAUCUGGCCUUCAGUUGCUCCGCAGAGUCUUCCGCUGUGGGAAGGUAUUUUCCUACGUUGGAAUAGAUCCUCUAAGUAUUUGGAUGAAGCAUAUGAAGAAAUGGUUAACAUCAUUGAAUAUAAUAAAGAAUUACAAGCAAAAGUCAAUAUCCUUAGAAGGCAGUUGGCAGAACUGGAAACAGAGGACGGGAUGCAGGAGAGUCCCUGAAAGGUCUCCUCGCACCCUUCGCAAGGACCUUCUUGGGCCUGUGUCCGCCGUUCUCUCCUUGUGCCCUUCAGUUCACUUUUACACAGUAGCCUUGAAGUGAAGGCUUUAGAUGUGGGACCCCUCUAAUGUAAUGGAUUUCUCAAUACUGUAUGAAUAAUGAAACUUACUAUCAUAAACCAUGUUUCAUGUGGCCUGUUAGGGCCUGUCACUUUGGGAGCCGGAAGGAGGUGCUAGUCAUUUUAUUUUUACGUGAAAUAGAUGACCUAUUUAAUGUCAUUUGUGUUUCAUGCCAUUUUAUCCAAAGCUUUUUCUCUGUGUCCACUCUCCAAGCAGCAUUCUAGAGCAGUCAAGGAGACAGCUAAUCUCUCUAGGAACUAUUUGGUGGUUUAAAAAAAGGGUCAGACUUUUAAACACUCUGACCAUAGAAAUGUUUUUCAAAAUGGCAACAAUGGAUAAACCAAGGAUUUUGUGUUUAACAAGCCAUUUUCAGUGUCUUCGCCACAUAAAAUAGCCAUUUUCUUUAAAAUAGUUUUGGACUAACGAAGCUGAAAUCUAUUCUCAUUCUUGUUUGUCAAGAAAGGAAAAUCUGUUUUUCAAGGUAAAUUAUUUCUACAAGGGCAACAGGUAUGGUCCUCCGAUAUUUACAUUAAGAAGAGUUAAAUUUAUUUUAACGUAGACACUAAAAGUAUGUGCAAUAUACAAUUAAAGUAGGAAUUUGUUACUGAUUGAGAAUUGUAACUGGUGAAUUGGUUUUCAGGUUUUGAGCAUACAUAUACAAUGUGUUUCAAAUGCUGCUUGUAAAAUUAAACCAUCAUCUAGAAUAGAGUUAAUUUGUUAUAAUCAAGCUACAAAUAGGUUUUCUUAAACCAGAGAUGCACUGCCCUUGUCUAAAGUUCUUAUUGCACUGGUUUAUAUGUAUAUGUGUGUUUUAUUGUGUGUUUUUUUAAUUUGUAAGUAUUCUAAGAGUUUACUAAUACUAAGGUUAAAAUUUUCAUGUUGACCUGAGCCUUUUGCAAAUUUGCUUUGGCUCUAUUGAUUUGUCCAUUAUGUGUUAGGCAAAUAUAACUUAAGUGGAGGGGGAAGUUUAUGAAUAUAAUAUAGCUCUGUGUUUUAAACCUCAGAAACAGAUUUGAGUGUUUCAGUGUUAUAGAAACAGUGAUGACUAUUCAUGCUCUGCUAGUCUAUGCCUGCAACUCCAAAUGUUUAUGCUUCAGUAUUUCCCACCUACAUUUCUGUUUGGUGACAUUGCUCAUUUUAACAAAUAUGACCGAGUCUAGUUUUUCUUUAAAAGGAUAGUUUAUGAGUAAUCUUUAAAACCAUUUCCAUACCAUCUGUAUAUAGCCAUUUCGGUAGAGAACACACUACACUGAACCCUGCUUUAGAGCUGUGUGUUGAGCUAAAAAUAUAAUUUUUUAAAAAUUGACUAGCAAAAUCUGUGGCCACACUGAGAAGCCUUUGAAAAUGGCAAACACUUUUCAUCACCAGUUGCCCAAUUCAUCUUUCUUCUGCUUCCUCAGCCUUGUAGCAAAGGCUACACAGCAGCGCACAGUCCACAGUCUUUUUGGGAAAAUUGGCCUGCCGCUUUCUUUAAGCUCAGUUUAUUUUUGACUUACUUUCUUUGCUGUAGUUAUGAAACUUGGGGCAUUAAAAUCUCAUGGCAAGGAGCAUAAGAGAUGUUCUCGUAGCUCUGCAUUGUGUGAAAUGUCCAUCUUAGUUUUGUUAAAAAAAAAAAAAAAAAAAGGAAACAGCCUCACUUUUUUGUGGUCCCUCAGAAUUGCUUGCUAUGUCUGUUAAUACAGCUGAGCUUUUUGUUUUCUUCUCUUUUUGUCUCAAGAUUGUAUAUGAAGGAGCCUUUUCUUCUCAGCUAACAGGCAUAUAAGGAACACCAUCUAGAGAGUUUUCUUUAGAAGUGACUCCCAUUAGUCUGGUGUGAUGGUGUGUGCCUAUAGUCCCAGCCACUAGGAAAGCUGAGGCAGAAGGAUCCCUUGAGCCCAGGAGCUUGAGGCUGCAGUGAGCUAUGAUCGCAUCAGUCCACUCCAGCCUGAGCAGCAGAGCGAGACCCUGUGUCUAAGUAAAGAAAAAGCCAGAAGUGACUCCCACUGCUUCUGUUGAUCGGCCAUAGGGCUUCCAUGGGUGGAAACUUGCGAGGGAGUUUGUAUUAGGUCUGGUCAUGGAGAGAUGAUGUACCAUCAAGGUAGACCCAUCUUCCUGAUGCACAUUUGCUGUGCGAGCCAGAGUACAGUCAUAGCACGGUAUUCGCAUUUCGUUUUCUCUGUCUCACUGAGACAACAAUCUAUACUGUUUUGGCAAGUUUGCAUUUUAGUAUUAAUUUAUAAUUAGGGAUUGUUCAAACUUCAGAUCUGUUUACAGGUUGUAAAAAUAAACUUCGGUAUCAGUGCAUCUACAAAAGUGUUAUUUGGUAAUCCAAAUACUAGAGUUUUCCCAAAUCCAAAAACGGUCAAAAAUAAGUCCAUUAUCAAUAUAAUUUGAAGAAGACUUUUAGUAGUACUGUUAAGUUCGUGCUUUCUUGGAUGAGAAGAAUAAAUGACACGGAUACACUCCUGAGAAGACACUUGUUAAACAUUGCAUCGGAGAGUUGCCUUUGAUAAAUGUGGUAUUAAACGCUUGAAUGAAGAGAAUGGUGGCAGAAUGAGUGAGCAAGCAGAUUGCCCCAGAGGGGCCAGUAAUAAUCACGUGAGGGAUAAUCAGAUUCCUGUGUAUUCAGCACCUUCUCUAUUCAUGUGGAGUGAAAGCUGGUUUUUAUACGGGAGAUACGUAAAGUAGGCCCCGCAAAGAAUAUUUUUAAAAUACAAAGGAUCACCACAAUCCUCUAUUGAACAUAUAAGGAUCCUCAGAUUUAAAUAAAUACUUUUUUUUUUUUAAUCAGAAGAACAUUGUUGUUUGAUUAUAUGUUUUUAAAAACCUGAAGCUUUUUUGGUGGCAGGACCUUUCAAUAAAUAUUUAUUUGGUCAAAAUUUUUUAUUUUGAUUUUAUUAAAUGGGAAGAAAGCAAGCAGAAAUAGUAAAAUUCAGUAGGUUUAAAACAAUCUAUAAAUGUAUUUUAUUUCCAAGAAUACUUAGGGUCUCAAAGCAAGAUUUUAAAGUGAUUUUUGAGAAGACUUGGGGGGACAAUAAUAGACAUUCAUGUCAAAUCCCUUAUGGGGGAUUUUUAAACAUUUCUUUGAACUUUGAGACCUGAUUUAGGGGUGGGAUUUUAUUGCUUUUUGUUUUAAAGGAUGAAAUUUUGUGGGGUUUUAGUCUUUGAUUCAGUCAGUAUUUGGUUUAUGUUAAAUAAAAAAUCAGUAUCAUGGAAAAGAUAUGACCAUAAUUUAGUCUCCUCAAGUGAAAAACAGGAGUAAUGUUUCGUUGCACUUUGAAAGAUCUGCUUCAAGGCAUAACUCUUGUAGUUGUCUGGUUUCAGGGAUAGCUGUUUGAAUUGUCAGUCUAAAGUAGGUCAUCAGGUUCACUUAUUAUCCGACCUUAAUCUGGGAUAAAGGUUUUGGUAUUUGCCCACUUCUAGAUAGAAUGAAUGAAAACGACACGAGCGUUUUAUGAGCACUCUUUAUCAGAAAGGUAUUUCCUGGACCAGAAAUGGGCAAUAGUUACAAUAGUUGAUCCUCUCUGUUCUGUAAGCUUUGAAAUUUAUCAGAGAAUGAAGUCAUUCAGUACACCUGAUAAAGUUUUGUUGUUGUUGUUGUUGUUGUUGUUGUUGUUGUUGUUGUUUUAAUUGGGCAUCCCUCAGAACUGAAGAGGUUCAAAGAACUUUCCAGGUUUAUACUAUACCUCAAGACCACAUAGAUUAGCUACUGCUUAUUCUUUCACGUGGGCUAGGCCUGUUCUCCUCCUCCAGACCUAGUAUCCUAAGUUAUUACCACAUAGUAUUUUUAUGUUACCCAUCAUCUUUAAAAACAUUAUAGGCUGGGCAUGGUGGCUCACGCCUGUAAUCCCAGCACUUUGGGAGGCCAAGGCGGGCGGAUCAUGAGGUCAGGAGAUCGAGACCGUCCUGGCUAACACGGUGAAACCCCAUUUCUACUAAAAAUACAAAAAAUUAGCCAGGCGUGGUGGCGGGCGCCUGUAGUCCCAGCUACUCAGGAGGCUGAGGCAGGAGAAUGGUGUGAACCCAGGAGGCAGAGCUUGCAGUGAGCCGAGAUCGCACCACUGCACUCCAGCCUGGGCAACAGAGCAAGACUCCAUCUCAAAAAAAAAAAAAAAAAAAAAGACUCAUUUCUCCAUUUACAUUUAUUCUCAGAUGAUAAAAUAUAUACUGAUACUAUAACUUUCUUAUGGUAUCAGUUUUCUUUAUUUUCUUGAAUAAAAUUACUUCUACCUUCACUUGGUCUUUGUAAUCCACUGUGCACAGCAUCUUCCUUUAAACCAAUAGUCCCAGAAGAGACCCUCUGAAAUUCUAGGACUGGGUAUUAAAAUGCCUGAACCUGUUAUCUAAAUCCUUUUUAAGAAACUUAAUGCUCCAGCUCUUGAACUACACUGUGGAACAGUAAUUUGUGCCCAGUUUAGUGGAAGAUAAUGAGGCUCACUGUAAACACUACAUUGUCCUGCAAAGUAAUUCUGAUGAGAGUUUACUGACUUCUAGAGCCAUUCUCUUUAACCGUCUGCAGGUCUAAGGAUUAACUAUAUUUGUGAUUUGUAAUAAAACUGAGUUGUACAACACUGCCUGUGUUUGUCUGGCCAAGACAUUUGCUUCACUUUUAAAAUGCACGUUAUCUUUGGAGAGGUGAAUUAUUCUACAAAAUGCACCCUAAAUCUCAUUGUUUAAAACCUUACUGAUCUAAUACCAUCUACACAAAAAAAUGUUGUACUUGCAGAACUUAGUUUAUAAAAAGAAAGAAUGUGUAUUUCUUCAAUAGCCGGGUAUUUGGAUUGUUCUCUUGAUAAUAUUUGAAUGUGACUCUUGGAUUUAAGUGCGCUAUUAUUCAUGGCUUAUACAAUAAAAUUGCACUGUAUGGCAAAUAUGUCUAUAAUGUAUGCUUUGCUGAAACCUCAAGAGUGCUGUAAGGUACAGGUUUCCAUAUUGUGAACCUGUGUACACACACACACAUAUACAUAUAGUCUUAGGGAAAAAAAAAAGCAGAACUUUUGUAAGUCUGUGUAACAUUUUAAUAUUGUUUGUAAUAUUCACUAGGUGAAAAUUUCCCCUGUACCCUGUAACUGUAAUCAUUCACCUUGGGUUGGCCAGUUUGUCAAGCUUGGUUUACUGAAUCAAGAAAGAGUCUCGUCGAAUGUGGUACUGUUCUUAGUGUGUAAUAUUUGCGUAUGGUGUUCCUCUGCCUCAGAGGACAGUUACACAGAUGGCUAAUGUUAAAUUUCUAUAGAUGAUGGUAAUAAAAUCUGAAUAUAUUUAAGUGCUAAUAAAUUAAA